CAGCUCUGCGGUCCAAUAUAGCGCAUGCGCAGUGCCCCGGGACUCAUACAGUCUCAGACUGCAAUAUGGCGAGAAUGCCUGGCAGCGGGGAGCGCUGCUCGAGCGACGGGGAGAGAGAGAGGGACGGAGGCGACGGAGAGGAAGAAGAGGAGGAGGAGGGAGAGAAGGGGGAGAUCCGGGCCAUCCGCAUCACAGCGGCGGGAGAGUGCGAGGAAGAGGAGGACGCCGAGGAGCUCGCGUGGGGGCAGCGCGCGGAGCCGCGGGACGCGCGGACCGAGCUGGAGCUCGAGCCGGACUCCGAUCCCGAGGGGGAGGCGCGCUCCCGCUCCCGCUCCCCGUCCGCGCGCUGCAGGCUGAGCGAGAACACGCGCCUGGCCACGCGCUACGCCGUGCGCAUCUUCCGCGAGUACCUGAGCGAGCGAGCGCAAAGCACAGACUUCGAGAGCAUGGACAAGCACGCGCUGUGCCGCGCGCUGCGCUCCUUCUACGCCGAGGCGCGCUCCAAGAGCGGCCAGCUGUACAGCAAGUCGUCGCUCAUCAGCAUCCGCAGCUCGCUCAACCGCUACCUGAACGAGCCGCCCUUCUGCCGCGCGCUCGACCUCACCAAGGACCCGGAGCUGCGCGCUGCCAAUCUGGCGCUCGCGGCCGCGCUGCGCCGCCUCGAGGAACAGGGUGCCGGGCCCGUGGUGCAGAAGCAGGCGAUCGCGCGCGCCGACCUGCGGCGCCUGUACGCGUCGGCGGCGCUGAGCGCGAGUUCCCCGUUCGGCUUGCUCAACAAAGUGUGGUUCGAGACGUGCAUGUACUUCUGCACGAGGGGCCGCGAGAAUCAGCGCGAGCUCGAGGAGGACUCGUUCGGGCUGGCGGCGGACGAGGAUGGCCGUCGCUUCGUUUACUUCAAGGCGCUUGGCGGCCCCUACCACAGGUCGCGUGGCACCGGCGGCGGCUGCGGCGGCACCACGUGGGUCAAGAGGCGCGCGGACGCGGACGACGAGGAGAGCGCGCCGCGCAUGUACGAGACGGGCACGGCGCUCUGCCCAUACGCGAGCUUCGUCAAGUACCUGGCCAAGCGCAACCCGGCGUGCCGCGCCUUCUUCCAGCGGCCGCGAGAGCACUGCGGCGAGGCGGACGCCACGUGGUACGAGAACAAGGCCGUGGGUAAGAACCUGCUGGGCACGCGCAUGCAGAUGCUAUCGCGUGCCGCGCAGCUCUCCAAGACCUACACCAACCACUGCAUCGGUGCCGUUUCCAUAGCGACGCUAAACAGCGUCGCGGGCUUCGGCUCCAAAGCUCCCCCGCCGCAGCAGCAACCGCAGUCGCCGCCGCCAGCGCGCGACCGCGACCACGUGCAGCUAGAGACGCGCAAAGUGGGAAAACGGCCGCCGCGCGCUCCCAUUCCAUGCCCGGAGCUCGGCUCUCCCGCCAAAAAACUCUGCGCCGAGCCUCUGGCGAUCAUCGCUGUCAGCGCGCGCGAGCACAACGGAGAGGCCACGCACGUGCUACCAUCGCAGGAGCAUCGCAGCAGCAGUGUGGCAAUGUCGACUCGGCCACUGUUGGCUCGCUCGCCGGCCUCCCCGCUGGGCACAGCUGGCAUCCCCACGCCCGCCCAGCUCACCAAGGCCAAUGCGCCAGUGCACAUAGACGUGGGUGGACACAUGUACACCAGCAGCCUCGCCACUCUCACCAAAUACCCUGAAUCCAGGAUUGGCCGCUUGUUUGACGGAACAGAGCCCAUAGUGCUAGACAGUCUGAAGCAGCACUAUUUCAUCGAUCGUGAUGGUCAUAUGUUCCGCUACAUCCUCAACUUCCUCAGGACAUCCAAGCUACUCAUCCCAGAUGACUUUAAGGACUAUUCUCUGCUGUAUGAGGAGGCACGGUAUUUCCAGCUGCAGCCGCUGCAGACUGAGCUGGAGCGAUGGCGUUCAGAGCGAGACUCGGGGAGUGUGUCGCGGCUGUGUGAGUGUGUAGUAGUUCGAGUGGCCCCCGAGUUGGGUGAAAGGAUCACGCUGAGCGGGGAUAAGGCCCUCAUCGAGGACAUCUUCCCUGAAAUUGGAGAUGUCAUGUGUAAUUCAGUGAACGCAGGAUGGAACCAUGACUCCACUCACGUCAUCCGCUUUCCUCUAAAUGGGUACUGCCAUCUCAACUCUGUGCAGGUACUGGAGCGUCUCCAGCAGAGGGGCUUCGAGAUUGCAGGCUCGUGUGGAGGUGGCGUGGAUUCGUCUCAGUUCAGUGAAUACGUUCUGCGGAGGGAGGUCAAGCGAGGUCAGCGUGGAGUCACAACCUCCGUGAUCCGAAUAAAACAGGAGCCACUGGACUAGAGGCCAACAUGAUGCAGUGAAAGGAACGACUUUUUAACAGGACAAGCAAGACAACAGGAUGUUCCUGCUACAGCCCUUCAAGUAUAUACAAUGGGUAUAUACUCAACAAGCAACAUUUAAAAUUUAAAAGUGCAAAGAUGUUAGAAAAGCUUUUUUCUGGUAUUUUGGAUGGCCAUGUCCCUAACUUCAUCAGUUUACUACAACAAGGCAAAGGUUUGUUUUAAAACUUUUUGACUUGGGCUCAUCUUUAUUGGUGAAAUCAAUAGAAAAAAAGUGAUCCAAUCAAGGGCCCUGUAUCCUGUACACAAUCAUGGACCAGCAGACAUUGAUCUGUUGCACUGACGGUGAGCAUAAACAUAAUACGGACAAUUCAGAAAUGUGAGGAUAGGAGAGAAAGAGACAUGUUUAGUGAGUAUGAUUUCUAGUUAAACGAUUAUUCAGCUAGAAAUACCAUCUGUCUCUUUCACUCCUAGUCUCUCUCUCUCUCGCUGGGAGAUCUUGCUCAUACUAAGUGAAACAGAAGAAAACAGGUGUUUUGUCUUAUUUUCCCCUCAUUGUAUGGAGUGUACAACAAUCUUUAUGAACAAUAUGGCUUUUUUUAACUUGAGCAGCAUUCUAACCCAACUGAAUGAAAAACUAAAAUGUUAGCUUUCACAGCCCAUCAUCAUCAUAUGAGAACUAGAAGUCAUUUACAUUCUGGAUUUAAAUAUGAUGAAUUCUGUCACUGCAAUGGAGAUGAUUAUAAAAUAAGCCCAGGUUAUAUUUCUAUUAUGGAGUUAAAAAACAAGGGCAUAGUCAGGAUUUUUAUACAUGUUGGUCUUAAAAAUAAAGAUGGAAACUACA